CCUGCGUAACUGUCCAACCGCCGUAGAACAAAUCAGUGAACAAUGUCUGUUCACUCAAUUCACGCGAAAAAGUCUGAGUAGAGGUAGAAGACAGAGGCAGUACUCGUGUCAGAGAAUCUGGACAGUUUGGCGUUAUGUGCCGUCAGUGAGAAAGUGCUUUUUACACUCUGUUGUGUAAUAGUUGCUGCUUUUUCCGCAAGACGGUAACGUUUCUAGCUAGCUUAGCGAAGCUAGCGUCCGUCUCGACUGCGAGUGCUAAACCAAACCAAAGGGCGACCUUCUGAAGGAGCUUUGUGUUUGCCGUAGGGACCUCGUCGUUUCUUUUCAGAAGCUGAAAAAAUGGCGAGCUCAAAAAAUCUGAAAGCUUUUCUGGAGUCCUCUUUAAAUGAAAUAUUCAGAGCGACUGUUGGUAACAUCCUGGACUCUGUUGACGAGACAUUGUCGGAGUAUCAGGGGGAAAUUCGGCGAAUCACGUCGGAGAACGAAGAUCUUAGGAGAAGACUACACACACAAGAGUCCCUGAAAAGCCACGUAAAGGCCGAGAUUGAGGAUGUUGCUGUUUCUGGGUUGGAUCUAUCAAGACAAAUUUCCCUUCAUAAUCCAACGAAUACAUCCAUACAGAACAGUCAAAGAGGCCCAGGCCAUAGGAGACAGUGUGAAGAUCAGCCAAGGCUAUCCAGAGAUUCAAAGGCUCGUUUACAGAAGUCAUGCCCUCAACCACCAGCAAGUGGAGCAACUCAAUUAGACAAACAUGUGUCAAGUACCAUAUUAACAUAUGUAAAGAUUGACCCUGAAUGUGAAGAUGGCUCUGCCAUCAACCUCUCAAAGUGUCAGUCACCUAUUCAUUUCACAACUAAGUGUAUUAAAGUAGAAAGUCCUGAGGAGAACUGUGUUACCUCUGAAUGUUACAGUCCAAUUGGCUUUCCCUUAGACCCCUGCAGAGCCAGUGACAGUGAGGUUAAGGUAACCAUAGUGUCUGAUGCACAUUUGGGUAGUUCUGUAAGUGAGGAUGAAGGAAGAGAUGUGGGCCGUGACAAAACCGAAAGGUCAGCAUACAGCUUAUCAGAGACAGAGAUUAAUGGUCCAACUGGUCAUGCUGUAGCAGAGGACCAGUCAGAUGCUGGGGUGGCUGAAGAAUCAGAGGAGACACUUGAAACGAGGAGGGACCAAUCAAGACAAAGUCCAAACUCGAAAGAGGUCAAACAAAGCAAGAACUUCCAUUGCAGUCUUUGUGGCAAAAGCUUCAGUCGCAUGGCAUCGCUCAACAUCCACCUCAAGACUCACAGCUCGGAAAGGGCACACACCUGCAGCAUCUGUGGUAAGGGUUUUAGUCGAGCUGACCUGCUGAGAAACCACAAGCGCACCCACACUGGCGAAAGGCCAUUUACCUGUAACUUAUGCGGAAAAAGUUAUGGGCAUCAGGGCCAGCUCAGAAUACACAAAAGAAUACACACUGGUGAGAAACCCUACUGCUGCCCACACUGUGGCAAACGAUUUAAUGAGCAUAACCAGCUCAAAGUCCACCUACGAACUCAUACGGGCGAACGGCCAUAUGCAUGCAGUGUGUGUGCCAAGACCUUCUCGAAUGCUGGCAAUCUGAGGAUCCAUCUCCGAAUUCAUACUGGAGAGAAACCAUAUUGUUGUGGUCAAUGUGGAAAGAGGUUUAAUGGAAUGGGUGACCUUAAAACGCACUACCGUAUCCACACAGGCGAAAGGCCAUACAGCUGUGACAUGUGUGCCAAAACUUUUAGCCAAGCUGGCCACCUGACCAUCCACAAGCGGAUGCACACUGGCGAGAGGCCAUACAGCUGUGGCGAGUGUGGUCGAAGUUUCACGGUGGCCAGCAGCCUCAAACUCCACCAGUUAACUCAUACUGGAGAACGACUCUACAACUGUUCACACUGCAACAAGAGCUUCAGCAGAACUGGACAUCUAAAGAGACAUGAGCAGCUUCAUACUAAGACAGGCACAAGCGAGUCAUCACAGACAAAACAGCAGACGCUUCACACUACAGACAAAAAGAAAAAUGCAGAAUAGUGAAAAUUCACAAAUGUGGAUUGCGAAUAUUGUGGAGAUGGCACAAUACUUUAGAAGGUGGUAAUACAGGACAUAAUGUUAUGUAAAUGACUCAAUAUAUGUAUCAUUUAAUGUGGAUAUAAUUAAAUCCAUAAUUUAAUUAUAUGUAAAAUGGAAGAAGACAGUAGUGAAUCGUUGGGCUUGGUGUAAAGGAAUACUUCAGCGAGAAAGCAAAUUCACACACUUUCUCCUUACCCCAUGUACAGUGGAUUAGCCAAGACAUGUUUGGUAUCUGAAGUUUGCUUUGACAAAAGUACAGACAAAAUUCAGGCUUCAAGAUGGUUUCUCCUUGUGUUUUUAGCUCUGUGAUGAAGCUUUGCUUAUUUUUAUAGGUAACAGUGUGCUUAAUAGCAUCAAAAACCAAAUAAGCAAGUCUGUUACAUAUUAUGUCAUUUAUAUGGAAUAAGCUUCCAUUAUGUUAGCUGUACUGGCAUCAUAUCUUCAUUGCAACACUAAAGAAGCUUGCUGAUUUACCACAUCUGGAGUGAAAUCGCAGUAGUUUGAACCAUUCCUUUAAAAAUACCCAUUAUAUUUAUUUUAAAUAUGCUUUGCUUUCUAUCAUUCCUUAUUACAAAGUUACCACCCGUUAACUUUUUUGCUAACUGUUUUUUUAUAUUACGUAAUUGCAUUUUGAUAUUGUUUUUAUCCCUUUAAUGUCUGUGUAGUAAUUAUGGUUAAUCAAAGGAAAGGUUUAAGAUUUUAACCAAAGAUGGUUUAUAUUUUAGAGUAAUUAGAUCUGAGCAUCACAAUAUGUCAGGCUAAAUAUAGUAAACAUAAUAAAUUGCUUAAAUGUAUUGUCAGGAAGGGCAGUUGUGCCCAAGCUUUGCUGCUGACAGGACCCCUCUGUUUUUCAUUCACUAUAAUCUGGUCAUGUGUGCAAUAUUUAUAAGUAGUGAAUAACUUCUAUAUAGAUUCAUUAUUUGUCCAAAAGUCUGUAGACAUUUUGCAUUCUUCUGAAUUUAAGAUGAUCAAUAGGGAGUUGAAUCUGGAAAAGCUUUAUACUAGAUGCUGGAACACUGCUGUGAAUGUGAUUGCAUUCAGCCACAAGAGCAUUACUGAGAUUAGGUGCAGAUGUUGGAUGAUUAGUUCUGGAUCACAAAUGCUACUCCAACUUAACGCAAAGUGCUCACUCUAGAGAACACAAUUCCACUGCUCCACAGCCAAAUGCUAUUGCUUUUCUAUGGGAACUAAUCACAAUUAUUUGCACAGUUGAAUACCAAUAUCAGCAGUGGUUGCAACUUAAAGUAACUCAAUUCGCUAAUCAGAUGAUUUGUUUGUAUACUUUUGGACAUUUAGUGCAGAAAUGUUAACUUUGAUUUGAAUUAUGCUCUAAUUAUGCUGUACAGAAUAUGCCUUUUCUGUAUUUGAUAAAGACAUGAUCAGGAAUUGCUGCAACAGCGUGAGGACACUCAUUUUUUUUUAACUGAGGAUGUAAUGUAGGGGUAUGCUUGUGGAAAUAAUAGAAUGCGUUUGUUUGCAGUCUUGAAAGCUGAUUGUCAUUUGCAGGGAGGUGCUUUAAUAAUAUAGUCAGUUUAAUCUCUUUCUGCUGCAAUAGUGUUAUUAGAACGAUUGGUUAUAUGUUUAGUGUUACGUGGAAGUGUGAAGACUAACGUAUACAGAUCAUAGUGCUGUUUGUCAAGUUAGUUACGCUUUUAGCUGUGUGCAUGGUUCCUGGAACUAGCAAGAUCCAUGCAUCAUGAAUCUCAUGAGACAUGAGUUUUUGUUACAGUGACUGGAAAGUAAUGAUCAAAGAUGAUACUGAAUCUUGUUUUUCACUUGUACUGGAUUCAUUUCAAACUUGCAGAACGUCUGGUAUACAGUCCUAUGCAAAAUUUUCAACACCCCUGGUCAUGUCACGUUUUGGUGAUUUUCUAAGUGCUGUUAAAAUACACUGCAUGGCCAAAAGUAUGUGGACACUGGACCAUCACACCUUAAUGAGCUUGUUGGACAUCUCAUUCCACAGCAGCAUGGAUUAGCUUUAUAGCCUUUCAGGCUCCACUCUUCUUGGAAGGCUUUCUACAAGAUUUGGAGUGUGUGUAUGUUGGAAUUUGUGCCCAUUCAAUCAAAAGCGUUUUUGAGGUCAAGUACUGUUGGACGUGAAGUCUCACAGUCGACAUUCCAUUCCAGUUCAUCCCGAAGGUGUUCAGGGAUUAAGGUCAGGGUUCUGUACAUGCCAGUGGAGGCCCUCCACAAAAAAAAAAACAAAACAUUAAUGGACUUCACUAUGUGCACAAGAGCACAGUCAUACUGGAAAAGGAAA